AUGCCAUGUGUGAAGAUCAGCCUCAGAGGGCGGACGCUGCAGCUGGACUUCGGGAGCGAUGCGCGCGUGGCGGCGGUGAAGGAGCGGGUGGCCAAAGAUGCUGACCUGCAGCCGUGGCGCGUGGACGUUCUGCGCUCCGGUCAGCUCCUGUCGUCAGAGGAGGCCAUCGGAGAGCAAUUGGAGGUAGAGAUCCGGCAGGGCCCCGUGAGAAGCAUCACUGUGGACGCGGGGCUGCUCAACUCCAUCUCCAGCGAGUCCCUGCAACGGUCCCACUUCCAACAUCUCAGGGAAGACCUCGGAGACAGCUCAAAGCACCGCUUCCAGGAGAUCGCCCUGACCAUCACCGAUUGGCACCAGAACAUGCCCAAGGAGGUCACCGAGACGCUGGUGGACUUCCUGUCGUCCAGGACAGACGACCCGAAGAGCCUGUGCCUGGUGCAUCUGGAUUUCCACGGCAAGAUGCCAGAGGUCCUUGCCGCAUUGCGGGGGAACCGCUUCUUCGAAUCCCAGGCAUCUUCCGUGGAGGUGGUCGAGCUGAGUUUAGAGGGCGUGGAUCCAUCGGUGGACUUCCUGCCUUUGUUCCCCAACUUGCGGAGCCUUCGCAUGUACAAGCCGGAGUUUCCACCCCACGAUGCAGAUCAUUACAGCCUCAGGCUACUUGCAUUGAACUCCCAAGGCCUGCAGGACGUGGCGAUGGUGCGAAUGAACAGCACACGCGGUGUGUUUGAUCACGUCAUGAGGAGAUUAGCCGGAGCAGGCCAGGGCUACCAGAGCAGCGAGUCGGUGUCCACCACGCUGUGGGUGGUCAGCGGCAUGUCGGGGGUGCUCUCCGCGAUGACGGAGCUGGGGGAAGCGCUGCGCACCGUGAGGACGGAAUCCAGGGAGGGCCACUUCCUGCGCCGCUUGGGCAAGCUCAACAUCCAUGUGGAUGCUGACGCCGAGGGCUUCGGAGCCGUCCGCGCAGCGGCGGGGGCAGCGCUGAACCAGGGCCUUGAUGAGGAGCAGCAGAAGAAGAGGAAAAAGGUCCUCACAAACAUCCGCUCCACGCGUGCAGCACGCAACCCCCACGAGACCUUGAUGUGCCUCCUCGAAGUCUUGCCCUUGUCGCUGGGCUUGGCCACCUCCGAAGGCACCCGCCUGCUGGAGCCCGGGGCCUGCCUCGCCGGCGCCGUGCUCACCGCGAAGAUCGUGGUGUCCGAAGCGCCGUUCCAACGGCUGGCGGUGGAGUGCAGUAACAUGGCUGGAGAUGUGGUUAUCUCCUUGGGCCUGGGCCCGGAGAGCACCGCGGGCGAGCUGCAGGACCAAGUGCUCGCCAAGAUGGGAUGGCAGGGCGCUCUGCUCUUCUUCGAGGGCAAGGAGAUGCAAAGGUCCAUGUCUUUGCGGCACUACGAGCUGCUCACCAUCAAGGAAGAGAAGGACUUGGUGAUGACGCGGGUGAUCUUCAGGAAUACCCUCAGCCCUACCAAAGCCUCCAAGAUUUUCACCACCUACACGGCGCAAGAGAGCGUGGUGCUGCAGAUUCUGGAAGGAGAGAUGCCCUUGGCUGGCCAGAACAUUCCAGUGGCUGAGCUCCGCUUGGAUGGCAUCGCGCCAUGCCCCAGUGGACUGGCUCUCAUUGAGGUCACCUUUGACCUUGACGCCAACAGCACGUUGCACGUCACCGCCCUGGACCACGGCUCGGGGGCUCGCUGUGAGUCCACCUUGACGUGCGAGACGCGGCCUCGGGUGGACGUUGAAGAGUUGAAGCGGAUGGUGUCGCAGUCAGAGGCGUACUGGGCGCAGACCGCGGCCUUGAAGGCCAGGAGCGAAGUCUUCACCAAGUGCGCCCAGCGCCUCUUGCGGCAAAAGGCACCGGAGGUGAUGGAGAUCCUGGCGUGGCUGGAGGAGGCGCGCGAUGCAAACGAGGAGGAGUACAAGGCGCAGCUGAAGAUAUUAGAGGACUUGGAGCCAGCGCUUGUCGAUGCGCAGCUGGAUUGA